AACUCUUUAACACAACUAAAUACAUUAAAUUCUUCUCAAGUUUUUUUUUUUUUGCAUUUUACACUACACACUUCUACAAAUCAUAAUGAAAUUAUUUUCUUUAGUCUUUUUUUCAGCUGUCGUGUUUAUGGUUAUCCAUAAUGGUCAUUACAUGUCGAUGAGUAAAGCUUCGUCAAGUAACAAUGAAAAAAAAGUUUUUUGUGUAGGUUGUUAUGUAAAUAAGCCGACAAGAGUGAAAUUAGAGGGCUGUGACCAUUUUGCUUGCAAAGAAUGUAUUGCAAAUAUGAAAAUUGGUCGUCAGUCGUGUACAUAUUGCUUUCCAAAAGAUGAAAAGCAACCAGACAGAGAACCAUUAGUUUUCGAAAAUGGACCUUGGAUGCCAAAACCAGGAAGAGAAUAUUAGCAUUCCUCAAGUACCACCACAAGUGAAAAAAAGAAAAUCAUUUAUUAAAUAUAUUUUGUAAAUUAUAUAUUUUUAUAAAAUAAAUUAUACUAUUAUUUAAACACAUAA